AUGGAUCUUCUGGGAGAUAUUGUUGAGAAGGAUACUUUGAACGAGGUUGGAGAGGGCAACUUUAACGUGGCCAAGAAUGGGUUUCCUGAGCUGUAUAAACCGAGUAAGAUAUCAUCUUGGAAACAGAGGUUGAAAGCAAAGAAGCAACAGCAGCAACAGCAAACUAACCCUGAUCCUCCUAAGGAGACUGUAAAGGAGGAGAAGAAACAGAGAUCAGAAGCUGAGUCGAUUCAUGCGGAAAAUAUGGACGUAUUAAACAAUAUGACACAGGAACAAAUUAUGAAUGAACGUAGAGAAUUAUUGGAACAACUAAAUCCGAAAUUGAUUCAGAAUCUGCUCAAGAAUAUUAAUAAGAGGGCUAAAAGUGAAGAUGGGAGCCCUCUAUUUGCUGAAAUUGAAGGUGCUUCGGGUACUUGGGUCGGAGGGUACAAUAAGGACAAUCUUCCUCAUUUGGACGAAGAGCAGGUUAAUGCGGCUCUUGGUAUUACAAACCGUGAAACAUUAGAGUUUGAAGAAGAACAUGAUUUUAAGGAUGCUAAGACCGUCCGGUUCCAGGAACCAGGAGAAGAAGAAGAAGAAGAAAAUGAAGAGGAAGAAAUCCUUGACGAAGAUGAUAUUGCUCCUCUAGAUUACCAAAUGGCUCAAUCUGUCGAUCACACAGCAAAUGAAGACUUAUUGAAAGACGUUCACUUUGUUAGAAACCACAAACAUGACGACGAAGAAGAUAUAGAAUUAGAAAAAUUAGAUAUCAAUGAUCCAAAUUUCAAUGAAAAAUUACAUGAGAAAUAUUUCCCAGACUUACCAAAGGAUAUUGAAAAAUUGAAAUGGAUGCAACAAGUUCAAACUAACGAUCCAAAUAAAGACAUCGUCAUCGAUAGUGUAAAUGAAAUCAGAUUCGAUUUUAAUGGUAAUUUAGUACCGCCAAAUAGGGCAAUCGAAUCGACUACCCAUUCGGGCCUACAUCAUCAUUCUAACAACCCUGAAUUGGCAGGCUAUACGCUUGAGGAAUUGGCUAAACUUUCAAUGUCCACUUUCGCACCACAAAGGUCAAUAGCAGUGCAGACUUUGGGGAGAAUUCUCUACAAAUUGGGGAAAAAAUCAUACUAUCAGUUGGUUCCUGAAGUAGAUGAAGAAACUUACGAACAAGAAGGCACUAAAACCAUUAUGAAUAACAUUUAUUCAAUGUUAUGGGACCUGGUUAAAGAUCUCAACGUAAUCGAAUCUUUAGAACUCGCCGCAGAUGAAUCCAAAACCAGAAAUAUUUCUGUGAGAACUUAUGCUAUUGAUGCUCUAUGGCUAUGGAGAAAGGGUGGUGGAGAUUUCCGGAAGAACAAGAAACAAGAUAUAUAG